CAGAUACAGUCUAUGAAACCCCCCCAAAAACGAGUUGAAAGACAAAAAAAAAUAUUGUAAACAGCCUUUUUGCAAAACAAACCUUUAUUUAGCCUCUAGUUUAACCUAUAGAAGCACAUAGUGUGAUAGCUUAAGUUUGGAGAAAGACUUUUAAUUCAGUCGGUAUUCCUAAGGCUGCGCUCUUUGGAUUUUCCACAGACUGUGAACAGACAAGGUGUGGAAGCUAAUUUCACCCCAAAUCAACCUGCUAAAUGUUUUGCUUUGGUGAUAUAUUUCCAAAGACAGACAGACAUUUUUCACAGCAGCCAUAUUGACAUGAAAUAGCGAGUAAACACAGAUUUAAAGGAUGAAAUUAGUUCGGUUCCAUUACAUUUAGCGUAGCAAAGCCUUUUCAGCGGGCCAACAGCAGCACUGUGAUUGUGUUUGACCUGAAUGGUAAGAAACCUCAAUUAGUUAUAUUGAUAACACCUGCGUUCACCUGACUGUCAUGUCAAAAUGGCUGCUGUGAACAAAGCUCUGUUGUGUCCAGUCCCAGGUUCAGCCCACAUGACAGAAUGUACAGCAGAACUGUCUUCAUGGUUCCCCCGAGAGAGAAAAACUGGACUAAAUGUAAUAUUUAAGCACAGCGAUUCAUAAGGCGUAACAGUGGUCAGCAGCAGGAGGAGGAGGGUUUGAUGGCGGAUGAUGCAUACCACCACUGACAGCCUCCAGGCAGCUGCUCCAUUCUGAGUGACUGACGGUUUGGUUCUGAAGGGGGCGUGAUAGACAAGGACCUGCGCCACUACCUCAACCUGCGCUUCCAGAAAGGCUCGGUGGACCACGAGCUGCAGCAGAUCAUCCGGGACAACCUCUACCUCCGCACCGUCCCCUGCACAACCAGGCAGCCCAAGGAAGGAGAAGUCCCCGGGGUGGAUUAUAAUUUCGUGACCGUUGACCGGUUUAUGGAACUGGAGAAAAGUGGAGCCCUUCUAGAGAGCGGAACGUAUGAAGAUAACUUUUACGGCACCCCGAAGCCUCCGGCUGAGCCCAGCGCUCUGCUGCUAAAUGUAACGGAUCAGCUGCUGCCGGGCGCCAGACCCACCUCCGAGGGCAAGAGGAAGCGUAACAAGUCUGUCAGCAACAUGGAAAAGGCCAGCAUCGAGCCCCCCGAGGAAGAGGAGGAGGAGAGACCCAUCGUCAACGGCAACGGUGUCGCUGUCACCCCAGAGUCGAGCGAGCAUGAGGACAAGAGCACGGACGCUUCGGGGGACCUCGCCCCGCAGAGCAACCCAGCGGAGGUCCUGACCGAGGCACCCAAAGAUGACGGACUGUCCCCGAAAAUCACAGCGCCCAAACCAGAGGAGAACGACGAGUUAGGGCCACUGCCAGACAACUGGGAAAUGGCAUACACCGAGAAAGGAGAGGUCUACUUCAUAGACCACAACACCAAGACAACAUCGUGGCUGGACCCGAGGCUAGCCAAGAAGGCAAAGCCGCCCGAGGAAUGCAAAGAGGAUGAGCUUCCAUACGGCUGGGAGAAAAUCGAUGACCCCAUUUAUGGCAGCUACUAUGUCGACCAUAUAAAUAGAAGGACCCAGUUUGAGAACCCAGUCCUGGAGGCUAAAAGGAGACUCCAGCAGCAGCAGCAGAUGCAAAGCCAGGGUCUGUCCUCCCUGCCCCUUCCCACCAUCUACAGAGAGAAGCCGCUGUUCACGCGGGACCCCACUCAGCUCAAAGGCAGUUUCUUGUCCACAUCGCUCCAGAAGAGCAACAUGGGCUUUGGCUUCACUAUCAUCGGAGGGGACGAGCCCGACGAAUUCCUGCAGGUCAAGAGCGUCAUCCCCGAUGGGCCUGCGGCAGCUGACGGGAAGAUGGCCACAGGUGAUGUUAUUGUCUACAUCAACGAUGUGUGUGUCCUGGGCACCACCCACGCUGACGUGGUCAAACUCUUCCAGUCGGUGCCAAUUGGACAGAGCGUCACCCUCGUCUUGUGUCGUGGCUACCCUUUGCCUUACGACCCGGAGGAGGCUGCCAACACCAACAACAACACCACCACCACCAUCAUCUCCCCUCUGGGCAUCAUGGAGCAGCGGCCCAUCGUGGUGAACGGCAGGACGGGCUACGACAACUACCUGGACUACCUGUCACGCACGGCUCGAUUCGUCACAGACCCCAGUCAGGACCAGAUCAGCGCCCAGCAGCAGCUGAUCACCCCUCACCCGGGUGACACCCACCUGGACGGCUCGCUUCCUCCUCCCACGGGCGCCACACCUCCUGACAGCGUCUCCAUGGCGUCGUCGGGGGCCACCCAGGGGGAACUGCUGACCCUGACCAUGGUGAAGGGCGUGGAUGGUUUCGGCUUCACUAUCGCGGACAGCGCGACGGGCCAGCGAGUCAAACAAGUGCUGGAGCCUCUGGGCUGCCCGGGCCUGUGCGAGGGUGACCUGAUUGUGGAGAUUAACAAGCAGCCCGUGCAGGGAUUCACACACACGCAGGUGGUGGAGCUUCUCAAGGAGUGUGGAGUCGGAGCUGAGACCUGCCUGGUGGUUCAGAGAGGCGGAACAGGUCACUAUUCACCCUGGAAGACCCCUAAGCAGGUGCUGGAGCAGUGGGAGUCCCAGCAGGGCCAGAGCAGCCCUGCUCAGACCAGCCUGUCAGCCCCCGUUAUCCCCCACAGCGCCCCCUUCCCAUCCCACCACCUCCACAGGGCCUCAGUCCCAGACUCAGCCUCCGAGGCCUUGGCCCUGGCUAAACCAGACCCCUAUGACCUUUAUGAGAAGUCCAGGGCUAUCUAUGAGAGUAGGCAACCUGGCCAGCCACGGACUGCCUUUGCUGUGGAUUCCUCAGCAGCAGAGUACCAGGACAUCGAGGUGCACCUGCGCAGACAGAAGUCCGGCUUCGGUUUCCGGGUGCUGGGUGGCGACGAGGCAGGGCAGCCUGUGAGUCCGGAGACGCGUGAGAAGAUCCUGAUCGGUGCGAUCAUCGAGAAGAGUCCAGCGGACCUGGACGGACGCUUGCGGCCCGGUGAUGAGCUGCUGUUUGUGGACGGGAUCCCAGUGGUGGGGAAGCCACACAGAUACGUCAUUGAUCUGAUGCACGGGGCGGCCCGGAACGGCCAGGUGAACCUGGUCAUCAGGAGGAGGGUGCAGCCAGCAGGUGAGUGCUGUCCAGAGAACGGCCGCAGCCCUGGCUCCGUCUCCACCCAGCACAGCUCCCCCCGCAGUGACUUCACAUAUGGCAACAGCACCAUCACCACCCAGGCGCCCAACGCCAGCGUGGGCAACACCACGGCCCCCUCAGACAGGACGUCCACCCCCAACACACAACCCAGUGACGUCAUCAUCAACCGAAAGGAGAGCGAAGGCUUCGGGUUCGUCAUCAUCAGCUCGCUCAACCGGCCCGAGGCGGCCGCCGCCAACACUGUGCCCCAUAAAAUUGGCCGCAUCAUCGAGGGCAGCCCGGCUGACCGCUGUGGGAAGCUGAAGGUGGGAGACAGGAUACUGGCAGUGAACAGCCAGUCCAUCGUCAAUAUGCCUCACGCGGACAUCGUGAAGCUGAUCAAGGAUGCGGGCCUCAGCGUCACCCUGAGGAUCAUUCCACAGGAAGAGAUCAGCAACCCCCCGUCAGCCCCCAGCUCAGAGAAGCAGAGCCCCAUGGCCCAGCAGCACAGCCCAAAGAUCCAGCCCGCCUCACAACCCAACCCGGCAGUGACAGAACCCAACCCUGCUGUCAGCCAGCCCAACCCCGUGCCACACCAGAGCCCUGUGACCCAGCUGCCCGCCCCCCCGCCGCAGACCUAUGCCCACGAGAGCAGUUACAGGUCGGAGGUGAAGGCGAGGCAGGAUGUUAAACCAGACAUCCGACAGCCGCCUUUCACAGAUUACCGACAGCCGCCCGUGGACUACCGACACCCUCCUGUGGCGGACUACAGGCAGCCGCCCACGCUGGACUACAGACACCCGCCGUUGCUCGACUACAGACAGUUGGCUCCUGACGCCAGGCAGUUCACCAUCCCAGAUUACCGGAUGCCACCAGUUCAACUCGCACAGGACUUUGACUUCUUCACAGUGGAGCUGGAGAAAAGUGUGAAAGGCUUCGGCUUUAGCAUCCGCGGAGGACGGGAGUACAAGAUGGACCUGUUUGUCCUACGGCUGGCGGAGGACGGACCGGCCGUCCGCAACGGGAGGAUGAGGGUCGGGGACCAAAUCAUUGAGAUCAAUGGGGAGAGCACCCGGGACAUGACCCACGCCAGAGCCAUCGAGCUGAUCAAGUCUGGGGGCCGGCGUGUGCGUCUCCUCCUGAAGAGGGGCACGGGACAAGUCCCAGAGUACGAUAAUGCCGCCCCAUGGGAUGGUCGCCCUUCAGCCUCCCCAAGCCUGUCGGAAGUAGCCCCUCCCAUCGACAGCCUUUCCAUGCCAUCGCCUUCAUCUCAUCUGGUCCCGGCUCCCGACCCACCUCACCUGUCGCCUCUGGACGUUCCGCGAGAUCCGAUGGCAGGAGACAGCAGGAAGGAGCGUUCGAAGAGCCCCCAGAAGGCCGAGCUGCCGAAUCCAGAUCCGAACAGCCAGGGGAGGAGAGCGGCCACAACCGGCGGGAGCGGCCGAGCCAAGAAGGAGGGUGGCAGGUCCACCCAAAAGGGGCACAGGGUGCAGUCCACUGCUGAGGGGGGAGGGGGCAAGGAGGGGCAGAGCGGGGAGCCCAAACCUUCCAGGUGCACCAGAGGGAGGUCCAAGGACAGGAACACUGGGGACAACAGAGAAUCCACCCAAUGUUCCAGCACCUCUAAGCUCCCACACGCUAACGGGGGCAGCAGGGAGGAUGUGAACCGUUACAGUGGCGGGCAGCAGCAGGUGGAGUCGGAGCAGAGCAACCCCAGGCCCAGGGAAGCCGACAGGGGCCUGGGAGAGAGCCGACCCAGCCUGCCCAACAAGAGCACCAGCAGCGCAGCGGGGAGGAAGGCCACGGUCUCUCCCGGGCCUUGGAAGAUCCCUGGAUCAGACAAGCUGCCCAGCACGCUGCGCACAGGCACGUCCACGCUGAGCAGAUAACACCGCGGCUCCAGCAGGUCGCAGAGGCCACACCCCCAUCUGGAUGAAACCACCACCCUCACACCUUCCUGUGCUCCUUUCACCCCCUUUCGGUUCCCAUUCUCCCACAGACCACUGAGUCAAAACCGGGUGGGGGGGGGCGGGGUGAUCUGGACCACGUGUUUUUAGUUUUAUUUAUGAUACUGUACUCUAAAUUAUUUUGAGAAAUAUUUUACACCCACCACCUUAAGAACUGGAAAAAUCAUCCACUUUUUGAAAAAAAAAAAAAAGAAAAGAAAAUGGAAGAGCAAGUAGAAUGUGUGUGACGGAGAAUCACUUCAGGGGGUACAAACUGUAAACUCUAUUUUGAGUUGUCCCCAAGCAGAACAUGCAAAUAUAAACAGCUGACAGGAAGCAACUGUCGGCUGCCAUUGGAUUUUUAUAUAUAAAUAUAUAUAUAUAUAUACACACAUAAAUAAAUAUAUAAAGUGGAGUCUGUUUUAUGAACUGGAAUGUUGACAAAGGAGCUUUGACUGGUUUUGACGAGAGCGAAUGGAAGAAAGAGUGACAGCAGAGAUGAAAUCUACUCAUCAACAGAACUUUGCCUUAACAGAGACUGUAUGGGCCUGAACCUGUCUUGAAAUCAAAUCUAUGAGAUGAUUAUAGACAUAGAUAAAUUAUAAUGAAUAUGAAUAUGUGGAAUCAUUUGUAAAUAAGAUCAUCUUUAAGCGAACAGAACCUGAGGCGAGGCGAUGGAACUUCCUGUCCGUGUUCAGACGAGUUAAACGGCGCCACACGGAUGAGAGCUUUCCCCACGCCGCCGCCUCCCUCCUCUACCCGCCCGUUCAGCCCUGUGAUUGCAGUUCGGGGUCUCGCCAGGCCUGCUGAGGUUGACUGCACGGUCUGUUUGCGCUUGAACCAUCACCACAGGUCGGCGGGGGUGUCGUGUCAAUCCAUUUUUCUCAUUUCUGUGCUUAAGGAACAAAGCAAUCCGCGACGGUGGAGUCCGGCCGGACGCUGACAGAAGGAGUUGGUGUGACACCAACCGGGGGGGGGAGGGGCAGAGUGCCUUAGACUGACAGAGGAAGGUUGGCUUACAAGUCAAAGGUUUGACUCCAGUACUAUUUAGAGGGUCCAGAAACAGGCUGCUAUACAGAAAAAACUUUACAGAUUUAAAUAAUAAACAGUAUUUUCUCAGAUAUGAUGAAAUAUAUAAUUUAUCUCACAAGCUUAUGUAUGGAAAUUAGUCGAUUACCAGAUGGUCUCGAGUGUUUCAGUCUGGGUCAUGUGAGUUUUCAUUGCUGAUUGCUUACCGACGUAUCAGACCUCACCUUUGAUCGCCCGUGUGAGAUGGUGUUGGGAAACAUCAGCACAGAGCACCAGUUUAAAUGAGUAAAAUCUGACUGAAUCACUCGUCGAAAGCUUUCUCUCCUGACAGCCCGUCACCUGACGGACUGAAUGGCCUCAAUUUGAGAACGAAACCUUUCUAUCCUUUUCCACGUUGGCUGGGAAACUGUUGCACCUGUCACUGUCAGCUGCUGAAUUUGAUUUGUUUUGGGUGAUUCUGUGUGAUAUUAAGAAGUACAUCUCCGCGCCAAAGCUCCCUGUAGAUUUUCUUUCAUUUCAGCACACACACACACACACACACACACACCUGCCCCUGAAUACGACUCUGUUCAAAGCCUACAGUGUAAACGUGCAGGUGAACAUUUUUACACAACCUGACAGCAGCAGGUUGGCUGUUGCUGUGGCAGAUUAACAAGCGGAAGAUUCCUGAUCACGUUUUAAACAGUGGUUUCUUUGUUUCAGACGGGAGUAAACAAAAGCAGCUUCUGGUUUCUUGAAGCCAGCUGACGAUUUCGCCAGCUAAUGUAAGCUGAUGUUAGAUGAGUCUCAGAUAUGCUCUCAGUGGGUACACACAUGAUUUCAUGCUAGAAGACUGAGGCUAAAGCUGCAUUUUCCAGGCAAAAAGUUAGCAUCUUCAUGGAAAUAAAUAAACAGCUUGUUUCUUUAGGGCACGGUAGAGCUAAUUAGCCACAGCAGAUUUAAUAUGGUAAUAAAAUAAUGUAAGAUCAGACUAUUAUUUCAUUCUCAUGUAACAUCGUUUGGUUGAUUAUCAUACCUGUUUGCAUCUCCUAAACUGUGUUUAACUUUUUAACGUUACGAGAGAAAAGUCUUUUAGGGUGAGGACUAACCGAUAAACAAGCUGUCUGUGGUAACACUGACUGUAGUGUGAACUUACUCAAAUCCAAUUUAAAAAAAAAAAAAAUCAGGAGAGAACAGCUAACAUUAGCUAUCUGCUAAACUAGUUAGCCAGACGUGCUAACGCCAGCUCACGUUAGCGCGGGUGGUCACAUGGUUUAAUCUAUUCGUCACACUCCGACUCCUGUGAGUUUGGUUUGGAAAGGCUAAAACAAAGACGCCAUCCUGUUAAACGGCAUAAAGGUCCAGUAUGUAGGCUUCAUUGGCCUCGAGCUGUGUGGGUAAAUUUCACCCUGCUGCCCUCCCUGUUUGGUUUGUGUGCUCUGGGCUGCUGUGGAAACAUGGCGGCGCUGCAUUGGCGGACUCCGCCAGACGACCUGCUCCCUCUGUAGAUACCAAAGGCUCAUUCUAAGAUAACGACAACACAAAAGACUGUCGGUUUCAGGUGAUUAUACACAAACGAAAACAUAAUUGUGAAUAUUAUAUUGCAUUCCUAAAUGCCCCCACUUCCUACACACUGGGCCUUUAAAUGCUGAGUGCUGCCCCCACACACUCCUGCAACAUGUGGAGAAAUCAGAAGGCUGACAGGCCUGCAGUGCCUGCUAAGCGGAGGAGGAGUUUAUGCAAAAAAAAAAAAAAAAAAAGGUCAAUUGUGAGAUCAAGAAAUCUUUUCACAGCGUUUGCAUCCCCUUUGAAGACGUGAAACAUCAGAAUGGUAAUUUUUUUUCUCUGAAUGAGCCGUGAGUCAUAACACCAGAACAAAAAUCUUCCUCUCUGACCUCUGCAGAGUGAAGUGCAAACAGUGUUUAAAGAAUAAAGAAGCAAAGGGAGACAAGUCAUUAUGUUUGCCUUUGUGAUCCCUAAUUACACAAAGAACAGGCAGCCUGACAUUAAAGCACAAUCUCACAGGGAGGGGUUUCGGGAUGUGAGUUAUUGUGUCGGAGAAAAUCGUCAGCCAGGCUUUAAACGGCUCAGCCUUUCAGUCACUUGUAGAUGGCGUGCGGGGACCAUAUUUUAGAACACACACACAAAAGGCCUCAAGCCUAAAUUUUACAUUUGUCAGACUAAAGGUAGCAAGUGCUGCCUUCAUACGACCGUUCUGCUCGUUCGCUCCGUUAUUUUGUCACUUUUGUGUGAUGCAGAAGGAAAAAAAAUGUGCAUAUUUUUGCACAACUCACAGCUUUUCACAUCUGGAGCCAAAUCGUGAGUAGUUUUCUACAGAAGGCAAGAAGAAGAACAAAAAAGUUUUUUUGUUUUGUUUUUUUUGGGGGGUUUUUUUGCAGAAUGUGUGUUGAAAUUACAGCACAUGCUACACCAUAAACUCCCACCCAAGCGGCUCAGUAUCACUGUGUAGUGUUAUAGCAGUGUGUAGACCCUGAACAAAUAUCUCUAUAAAUAUGACUCAGUGUACUAUUGAUGGUCACAAAGACUGUAAGUGGAGCAACUAUUUUUAUGAAAUGCAACACUAUGGAUAUAUUAACUUUUGCAAAAAUCUUGUUUACCUGUAUGAUAUUCUGAAACGCUGUCAAAAUAAAAGAAAAUCUUGACACA